CUUCACGAUACUACUUAUCUGAGAGAAGCGACUCAUCAGACCCAGAAGAACAUACGCCAAAAUCGAAUCCCAUAAGCAAGCACUCUAGUGCCAUCAUUAUCUCGAAUCCAAAUUUUCAGUGGUAGAAGAGAGAGCGCGACUGUCAUUCACCAGCACUCGCUCCCCCCAACCACACCAAAUCCACUUACAGUCGACAUCUGUUUGAGCCGACUCGAUAGCGGCUGUCUCAGAAUGUCGGGCCUCGAGAAGGCACUAUUUAAUCUGAAGUUCACCUCCAAGCAAUUGAAUCGACAAGCCGCCAAAGCCGACCGCGAUUCGCGCGCCGAACAAGCCAAACUCAAGAAAGCCCUAACCCAGAACCCACCUCAACCUCAAAUCGCCCGCCUAUAUGCCACAAAUUCGGUGCGAAAUUCCCAGCAACGCAUCCAGCUUCUUACUCUCGCUGCUCGUCUCGAUGCAGUCGCCGCACGAGUCCAGACGGCCAUAACCAUGCGAACUGUGACAAGCUCGAUGGCCCAGACGGUCAAGGGGAUGGACAUAGCGUUGAAGAGCAUGGAUCUGGAAAAGAUAGGUGCCGUCAUGGAGAAAUUCGAAGCGCAAUUCGAGGAUCUUGAUGUCGUUUCUGGAUACUACGAGGGCGUGGCCAGCGGCGUAGAAAAUCAGCAGGUCGGUGUCGAAGGCCAAGGAGAAGUUGAAGCCUUGAUGAGCCGGGUUGCCGACGAGGCAGGCGUUGAAAUUUCCCAAGAAAUGCAGCAGAAAGUACCAGAGCACGAGCUCCAGCAAGCAGAGACCGCAGAAAGAGCGAAACUCGAGGAAGGCUUGGGCGACAGAUUAAGAGCUCUGAGGAAUUGAGAACCUUUCCUUUGUGUGGUUGACGAGAGGCUUCACGAGCAAUGACGAUUUUAUGCAGAACUAUGUUAUUAUCCUGCUGGGGUUUGCUGCUGACAUUGGUAUAUGGAGUGCAGGUCUAUGCACGUAUCUUGUUCGAUCAAAGAUUCUAGCCUCACCAUUCGAGGGCCACUCCACACCCAAAGGCUCAUAUCUGUGCUUCUGGUCCUCAGGAGAGAUUGGAAACGGUAAUGUCCAGAAACAGUUAUAGUCGGUACAGCCCGAUUAUCAUGUUCAACCGUAACAGGGACGCCCAACGCUUCCAAAGUAUAACUGGAGAACAGACGACACCGCCCUCGAUCAUUUGGUCUUCCUACCAUCCUCCGCUUUCUGUGCCUUCACUCUCUCCUUCUGCCUCGUCUCCGCCAAUUGAUUAUCCCUGAUGAUCUGGUCUUUGGCGACAGGCCAGGCUUUCCUCUUCCCCAUAUCAAACAACCUCCAUAUGGCAGGCGAAAAG